CCACUCCCGGCGUCAUGACGUCAUUUGUUGAAAUUACCGGCCGUCUUUCUCUCUCACGCGCAGCUCCGUUACAGAUUCCUGACCGGACUUCAAGCGACUGAGGACAUUUUAUUAUUAUUAUUAUUUUUUCUUCCAAAAUGGGAAACUUUCAGCCAACAGUUUUUCCUUAUGAGGAGUUUGACGUCAUGGCAGACAUCAAGGCCAUCCGCAAAGCCUGCAAGGGUUUAGGCACUGAUGAGAAAGCCAUCAUUGAAAUCCUGGCUAAUCGCUGUGCGGCUCAGCGCUUGGAGAUAAAGCAGGCUUACUUCGAGAAAUACGAUGACGAGCUGGUGGAUGUGCUGAAGAGCGAGCUGUCGGGGAAUUUCGAGAACGCCAUCCUCGCCAUGCUGGACCCGCCACACGUGUUCGCCGUGAAGGAGCUGCGCAAGGCGAUGAAAGGAGCGGGCACCGACGAGGACGUCCUGGUGGAGAUCCUCUGCACUGCCACCAACGCUGAUAUUGCUACUUACAAAGAAACCUACUUCCAAGUGCAUGAGCGGGAUCUGGAGGCAGAUAUCGCCGGAGACACGAGCGGUGAUGUCAGGAGGCUGCUCACGCUGCUCCUCGAGGGAAACCGAGAUGAGAGCUAUGAAGUGGACGAGGUUCUGGCUGAACAAGACGCCAUGUCACUGUUCGAGGCCGGAGAGGGUUGCUUCGGCACAGACGAGUCGACGUUCAGCUACAUCCUGGCCACCAGGAACUACCUGCAGCUCCAGGCCACGUUCAAAACCUACGAAGCUCUUUCUGGAACGGAGAUUCUGGAUGCCAUCGAGAACGAAACUUCAGGAACGCUGAAGAAGUGUUACAUCGCGCUGGUGCGAUGUGCUAAGAAUCCGCAGCUGUAUUUCGCUCGGCGUCUGAACGCAGCCAUGAAGGGAGCAGGCACUGACGAGGACACCCUCAUUCGCAUCAUCGUCGGCCGCUCCGAGAUCGACCUGGAGACGAUUAAGGACAUGUACCUGGAGAAAUACGACGUGCCUCUGAAGGAAGCCAUCAGCUCGGAGUGCGGCGGGGACUUCAAGCGCCUCCUGGUGGCCAUCUGCCAUUAAGGCAGUGAAAGAAAAGAAUCAGAUGCUUGGGUUAAUAAGGAGAAACUAACUAACACAACUGACCCUGGGUCCUAGUGCACACAUGUCCAGUUCAACACUAUCCCUACAGUAGUUCUGAUGUGGUAUUUAGUGCAAAUCCUGACCUGGCGCUCAGAUAGGCUGUGAACAAAACACUGUUUUGAAGGUGCAUGAAGAAAGUACAUAUGAUCUCUAUUUAAAAAAAAAAACAACAAAAAAUCAUUUUUAAGGUGAAAAUGUAACAAAGGUCAAAGGUUAACCAGCACAACCAGUGGAAAGUUAACUCAAUAUCCAUUAAGUAAUGCUAAAGUAUGGUCUGUAAUACUAAUAAUACAAUGCCAGUAUGUUUGUUUUAUGUUAUUUUGUCAUAAUUCCAUGCCUGAUCUAUUUUUGGAAAAGAUUGUGAAGCGCCUCUAUUUCUCGCUCUCUAUCUAGGAUGACCACGCCUCUUCAUACCGAACUUGAACAUGCUUCAGCGAGUGAAAAUAAUUUUGCUAUGCAGUUUUAAUUUGCCUGUCAGCUGCGAACGAUAAAGAAUCACGAAGGACAUGAGUGAAGUACAAAAAAAAAAAGAAGAAGAACCUUUUCAUACGUAAUUUUCAAUCAGACAUUUUAUAACACAAAAAAAACAAAACACCGGGUCGUGAAGUAAGAAAGAUGAUGUCGCGUAGCUUUAGCUUUUUGAACUAACCAUGAUCAGCCUUGUUUUCCUCAUUGUAUACUAACACAAAUAUAAUAUAUUUUUAACGUAUUAGUAUGUUACAUUUUACAUCGUAAAUUAUAUUUAGUCACAGCUUAUAGCUUUAAUGGUAAAAAUAGUCUUAAUGGCACUGUUGGGAUGAGUAAUGUCACGCGGUGGUCUGCUUGUGGUCUUUUUAAAAUACCGGUCACAUUCUCGAUAUAAAAAAUGGCAGCUGGGUUUUUAACAACUAGAUUUUAAUUAGUUCAACUGGAUUGUCCUUUACUUCCUGUGGCAAAGCAGGACGUCAGCGGGCUAAUACGUUGUGGCUGUUUUACACAAGAACGACAUCACUCCACGGGACCAGACACUAUCUUAUGGAAAGACCAAAACGUUGACUAAUGAAAUAAACACAUCCAAGAAUUUAAAUAUCCCAAUAAAAUAUCAACAGAAAUGGUAA